AUGAAGACGAGGACGACGAGGACACAGCAACCCUCAGAUCGAGUGGUGACGUUUACGAAUAAGAAACGAAAUUUGGACAUGAACCAACCGCAAAUCACGGCGUUUCGAUGGAUCAGAGAGUGUUUCCGUUUUCGAGGGACGGUGAUUCCAUCGGUUUUACCGCAGAUGGUGUUGGCAUUUUUGAUUGGGAUCUUCGCGAACGCGCUGAAGAUACAGAGAUGCGGGGAGAACGUGAUGGAGGAUAAGGAGUGCGACGUGGCGUUUAGCGUGGAAGGACACACGUCGGUGGCAGUCGUGUUGUCGUUUUUGUUGGUGUUUCGAGUGAAUUUGGCGUACGAGAAAUGGGACGAGGCGAGAGAGGCGAUCGAAAGAGUGAGAGACGGAGUGAGGAAUUUGAACGUCGCGUUUUGCUCGUUCGUUUGCACCGCGUCUUCUGCUUCUUUUGCUUCAAUUGGCGAUAAAGAUGGCGAUACCGUUGGAGCGAGUACUGAUACCAAAAAAGAAGAGGAGGAAGGUUUUUUCGUUUCGGGGACGACGAGGGAACAACAAAAAGAAGAAGGAACGCCGCAAAAAGACGUAAACGAGGACGAUCGCAAAGAGCUCGCGCGAUUGAGUCAACUUCUCUUUGCGUUUUUUCGAAUCGCGCUACGCGAAUCGCGUAUUGGAUACUCGGAUGACGUUCAGAACGCGGACAAUUCGAUUGGAAGCGGAACGAUAUCGGCGGAUGAAGUUGUGCGAUACGAUCGCGCCGGGAAACCGUCGCUGCUCGAUCUGCUUCAAGAUCCGGUAGAGAUUGAAGCGUUCGUACAUCUCGAGCCGUUUAAUCGCGCAAAUGCCGUAGUGCAAAAGAUUCUCGAUAUUGUUGAAAAACGCAGACGACUUGGUCAAGUGUGUGAGCGAGGUGCUUUGGACAUCUAUCGCGAUUGCUCGGGUAUUCUCGCCGGCGUGAAGACGUGCGAGCGCAUCACAACGACGCCGACACCGAAUAAGUACGCACACAUGUUGACGACUUUGCUGUUCUUUUUUGUUUACUCGGCACCGUUUUGCUUCACGGCAACGUUCGAUUGGCUCACACCAAUGCCCUCGGCUUUGCUUGCGAUGGCGUUUUAUGGUGUCGCUGAAGUUGCCAAAAAGAUGGAAAACCCCUUCGGGUGGGAAGCGCCAUCUCACGAUCUGUCGCAGUUAGGCGCGGAACUGUUCGAAGACGUCGCUCGAAUUCACGAGAGUAGAAAGAUACUCGUGCAAAAACGUGACGAUGAAGUGGAGAGCAAAGAGAAAGCUGAAGAUGCGCACUCCUCUCAAAGAGCCGGUUUGCAGAGAUACUUUUCCGCGCUAGGCAAACACUACGCGUACGUGAGCAGUAAUUCGAGUAUGAGCGAAUCUUCCGAAGAUACCAAUCGAACGCAACCGCUGUUCCCGCCUGGAGAUGCGUGUGUAUCUAUGAAAGCUGCAAAGUUGGUGGUAAAUCGAGAAGUUCGUGAUCGAGAUUUACCUCCAGUCGAUCGCGUUCGUCGAGGCGACGGCUUCGUCGGGUUGAAGUCGUCGUCAUCUUUCAAGAUUGACUUUAUCCUUGAUAUUUUCCAGUGGCGCGAUACAAUCUUACCUGAUGUUAUUCCACAAGCUGUACUCGCAAUAGGACUCGCAUUCUUUGCACAAGGUGCAAAGUACCUCUCCUGCGGUUCCCAAGUCAAGGAUGCUUCCGAAUGUUUGAUCGCUAUGGAUCCCACCGCGCACGGUAUUGCCGCCAUCGCUCUUGGUUUUUUGCUCGUCUUUCGAGCGGAUUGGGCGUACGAUCGAUACUACGAAGCAAAAGAGUGCCUGGGUCGCUUGCACGUUGCUUUGCGGAAUGUAAAUGUAUUAACGUCGUCUUUUAUACGCCCGAUUGAUUAUGAAUGUGGGGAAAAGCCAUCGGAAGGGGAUUACGAGUACGUCGUUCAAGGCAAAUCGACGAGGCGAAGUAAGGACAAAUUCGAGAAGGAUUUGAAAGCUUGCGAAGAAGCUAGGAUGGAGAUACUUCGUUUAACGAACAUCGCGUAUGCGUCUGUACGUAUUCAGGUUCGCGAGUCUCGAGUCGGCGACGAGUUUGGAAGGAAGAUGACUGCUGAAUCUAUGUUGACGGAAGACCCCUACGGAUGUCCGAAAAUACAAGAGUUGCUCGUUAUUGAUAAGGAUGUGAGUACAACGAAUGACCCGUCCAUUGUGGAUGCAAGCGUGUUUAAUAAUUCGUAUAAAGAUAUUCCCAUACCUUCAAGGUGUGCGUACGCAUGUCUUCAAAUCCAAACGAUUGUUGAACAUCAGCGCAGACUCGGGAACGUCUGUGAACGCGCGGCGUUUGAAGUGUAUCAAACGCUGGAGGAGACGCUUGCAGCUACGCGAGCUGCAAACAGAGUGGCAACAACACCCGUUCCACGUGCAUUUACGCAUUUGUUGCAACUGAUUCUCUUUUCUUUCGUCUUUACGGCGCCGUUUGUGUUCGUCGUCACGUUCAAAUGGAUUGCGUUUAUCCCAUCAGGUAUCGUCGUCAUCUCUUGCUACGGCAUCAACGAGAUGGGCACGGCCAUGGCUGAUCCAUUCAACUGGACGAGUCCCUCCCACGACUUGGGCGAUCUUGGUAGACGGUUGGCGCGAGAAUCUGCGCAGAUCCACGACUUCAAGCGUAUUUUCCUUGGAAAUAUUCGAGAAGCAUCUCUGGGAAACGCCGGGGGCCGUGAUAAGGCUUCCAAAGUCUCGGCAUCAGAGGAAGCGCCGGUGCUCGAUAAAGCCAAAGUCGCGCAAACUAUCAGUAGCGGUGGCGGAAUCGCUUCGAAGCAGUCCGUCGACCGUAAGGAAGGUUUGCGUCGCGUGUCCGAGAAGCUCUUCAACGACAUUGCACAGAAAGAAUCAUUCGCCGGUAUAGCGUCCACGGAGAUACACGAUAUCUCAACCUCGGUACAACGACGUCGUUUGACGUCCAUGUCAUUCUUCACUGAUCUCUUCGCGUGGAAUAACACUGUCUUGCCGGGUAUUCUGUGGCCAACGAUAUUUGCAGGUCUCCUCGCUGGGCUCGCAAACUAUACGAAAGUGAAACAGUGCGGUAAGAAUGUGACGUCGCAUCAAGACUGCGCAUUCGCCUUCAGCGACACGGCGCACUCCGUCUGCGGUGGCGUUAUCGGCUUCACUCUGUGUUUUCGCGCCAGCAUAUCGUACUAUCGAUACUACGAGGCGAAGAAAUUUAUGGGUGCUUUGUGCGAAGGUGCGCGAAACUUCGCAUGUGGCUCCUUAGCCUUCCUCAGACCGGAUUUGCCCGGUGAACUCCAGUAUGACGGAGACGCCUAUAAGGCUUCGACAGCGUUCAUCAGCUCUGUGGAACUUCGCGAUGAACUCAGAAGAUUAUCGAACUGUAUGUUUGGUUUCAUUCGACAUAUCGCGCGCGAAACGCGAUGCGGCGUCCGAAAAGUCGGUGAAGUUCAGAGUACGAAUAUUGAUUUCAGUCAAUUAAUUCGAGAAGAUCCGCGAGGAAAUCCUUCGCUUGCCGUGAUUCUCACGGAAAGCGAAAAAGAUUUCAUGUGUGGAAAGCUUCCAUCGUCUCGGCCAGCGCUUGUCGUGGCCAAGUGCCAGAAACUCGUCGAAGAGGCGCGCAAAAGAAACGAUAUCUCCGAACGCGGCGCUUUUGAUUUGUAUGACGAUCUCAACGAUUGCUUGGUUGCGUGCAAUAAUCUCGAACGAAUCAGCGAGACCAAAAUGCCGUGGAUAUACUUACAUCUGUUGAAUUUUGCUCUAUUUGCGUUCGUUUAUUCUGCGCCGUUUAUUUUCACUGCUGGUUUUGGAUGGUUGUCACCGGCGCCGGCUAUGCUGAUUGCGAUUGCUUUUUACGGCACUGCGGAAGUAGCGCGCAAUAUGGAGAAUCCAUUCGAUUACGAUACCGAUGGUCACGACAUUGAGGCCGCUGGUUUUGCACAUUUCAAAGAGUCGAGAACAUUUCGUGAAGUUACGUUCGAUUUGGCUUUACCUUCUGCGGUAUCAGAUAUUUUGAGUUCAGGUAAACAUUCGCAGAAAAUCCCUCCCCAUUCGGCAACCGAUGCGCUGGUUGACGUUGGGGUUGGUAAACCUUCGAACCUAUGUCCUACUUCUCCCACCACGACGGAUGCAAAUAGUGGUGAUAUUGAAUCAGGUCAUGUUCCCCCCAAAAUGCCCGAGACCAGUUCUGAUCUCUCGAAUGUGCCGAUCACGGGUGGAAAAACUGAUGCGGAGAGUCGUUCCCACGCUCGCGUAUUCCGAGACGUCUUUAAGUUUCGUAACACCGUAUUGUCGAAACUCAUUCCGCAGUGUCUCAUCGCUGGGUUACUGGCAUGUCUCGCCCAAGCAGCAAAGGUAUGGAAAUGCGGCGCAGACGUCAGAAAUCCGAGCGAGUGUCAGGUAACGUUUUCGAAAGAUGCGCAUACAGCCGUAGCUUCCAUAUUGGCAUUCGUCAUUGUGUACAGAUUUCGAUACGCUUAUGAGAGAUACUAUGAAGCUAAAGUAUCGCUUGAAAAACUCAGACGUUCUUUGAGAAACUUGAAUAUGGGAACGAGUGCUUUCGUGAAUCCGCAACUGUUGUUCAUCAGUGACGGUGGGAAGAUGACAUCGCUGUCAGACGCAACCGCACAAAGUACAACAAUUCGCGUAUCUCCAAGGGCACAUGUUCUGAGGUUAACAACAUUAUUUUUCGCCAUGGCGCGUAUAUAUCUUCGCGAAUCUACUUUAGGUGUUGGCCCGAAUGGCGAGCUCAUUCAUUAUGACGAUACGAACGUCCUCCUCGCCGACCGUUAUUCCGGUUCAGGCCCCAACCUCGGUCGAUUAUUGGAUAAAAAUAUAUUUGAGUCCGAGAAAGAGGAUGAUAAACUCCACGAUGCUUUGCUUAAAAUUGACGAUCCAGUCGGACGAUUGAAUUUCGUUGCGACGAGGUUGCACGCGUUCGUUGAAAAUCUUCGAGUUAAGAGAUUUGUGUGCGACCGUGGCGCCGCGGACCUCCACAGAGAGACCCGGCAAGCGUUAUCUGCAGUCGUCAGCUGUCAUCGUGCAGCGCACACGCAAACGCCGCGAGUUUUGGUUCACGCGAUAAAUGUGAUUGUCUUCUUCUUCGUUUUCUCGAGUCCUCUCCUUUUUACCGCGAGCUUUAAGUACGCCGCGUUUUGGCCGGCUACUUUGGUCUCGCUUUGUUUCUAUGGAGUUCUGGAAGUUGGGGAAAGGUUGGAAAAACCGUUCGGCUGGAUAAAACCAAACCACGAUUUAUCCGUGUUCGGACAGAAUCUCUGGCACGACUGCGAAGCGUUGCACGACGUCAUCGACAAUUCUGGCGAUCAAUGCCCGGAUUAUCAGGCGAUUAUGCGAGUGAAACAAUCUGUAUCGCCAAAGUUGACGCGUUCAAAGACGGAGGAGGCUGGCUUGUCCAAAAAAGCUACAGAGAAGAAAUCUCCCGUUCUCGCGGAGCUUUGCGAGUCUGUCACGACUUCGAAAUCGGACAGCGCGGCGGUAAGAGUGGAAAGGGGCAGAUUUUACUUCAUCUCUCAGCUCUUCGUAAUGCGAGGCACGAUAUACGCAAACUGCGUUCCCCAACUUCUUGCCGCGGUGUUUGUCGCUUAUUUUGCCACGAUUCUAAAAGAAGUAUCCUGCGGGAAGCUUUCGGAUGCCAUGAACACAGGAGAUUGUUUUGUAUCAUUCGAUUCAACAGCGCAUCGACUCACUGGAGUAGUGGUUGGUUUUGCUUUAUCGCACAUUGCCCACGUUGCUUAUCGUAAAUGGUACGAAGUGCUCGUCGCUUUGGAUGAUAUGUACGAUUCCGCCCGGUCAAUAAACGUCAUGGCAGCAACCUGCUUCGGACAUAACAACGGCAACACAUCCGCAAAAAAGAGUUCAGCAAAACAGCGUGGGCUCUUUACUGCUCGUAAAUCUGCAACCGAGGAAGAACUGUCCAAGCAAGAAGCGUUGAGUUUCUUCUUCAGCGUGGACAGCGUGAAUAAAGGGGGAGUCAAUCCUAACGUCUUGCGAGAACGCGUUCGGCGUCUACUCGACCUUGCACUCGUCUUUGCUCGAAGAACUAUGCGCGACCACCGGCUCGGUGUUCCAAUGUAUUCGCAAACUGCCGGCAGUGAUAUCGAAAAUACGAGGAAAGCGGGUGAUCCUGCAGCCAAUUUUGAUUCGACGUUCACUCUGAAGCCUCUCGAUCCGUAUGAUAUUGCCGACUCGAGCGUCGGAGUACCAUCUAUUGCAGAUGUUUUCACUCACAUGGGACAUGACGCAAAACUUAAAGAUGCCAUUCUAGCAACGUCGCACCAAAGUCGAGCUUCAGCGUGCGUCGCCGAGCUGCAACGUACGGUGGAAUUCACGCGUAAAAAUGCUCUGGUAAGUGACGAAGCCGCUUUCGAUUGUUACAAUCACUGCGAGAACUUUCUUCAGUCUCAGACGACUAUACUCCGAGUCGUGGACACGCCAGUUCCUACGUUAUACCGACACAUCGCGCUCACCGCGCUAUUCUUCUACGCAUUCUCGGCACCAUUCUCGUUUGCCAGUACUUUUGGAUGGCUCUCGCCGGUACCGAGCGCGGUAUUGGUGUUGGGAUUUUACGGUGCCGCAGCAGUGGGAGAAGAAUUGAUCGAUCCUUUAGCGUGGUCCACGCACGCACACGAUGGAAAUAGAGCGAGUAAACGUGUCUUCUUAGAUAACGACGUCAUCUAUUCGGCUUAA